UGGUUUCCUUUUUCCCAACUGAAAAAAAACCCAAUAAACCUUGCGUCCCGUGCUACUGUAAGAGAAGCAGAAAAGAUAAAAAAUGUUGCUCCAAGCUGUGCUCCUCAUUCUUGCAGUCAACCUCUCUGCCUCAUAUGAGACUGGCUUUAACUACUCAAGCUUCCAUGGAGCAAACUUGAGCUUAAAUGGUGUCUCAGAGGUCACACCAAGUGGAGCCUUACAGCUAAGCCAAUUUUCUCAACUGGUGAUAGGUCAUGCUUUCUACCCCAACCUCUUGCAAUUCAAGAACUCCCCAUCGGGAAAUGUUUUCUCUUUCUCAACAGCUUUCGUAUUUGUUAUCGAGGCUGCAGAUGUCCUCGCAUCUGGUGGUUUUGCAUUUGCUAUCUCUCCUUCUAGUAAGCUCGAAGGAGGCCAAAGCACGCAGUACCUCGGACUCGUUGGCAUCACAGGAAAUGGUGACCCCAAAAACCAAGUUUUUGGAGUCGAAUUUGACACUUACAAGAGCGUAGAUUUAGGAGACAUCGAUGAUAACCAUGUGGGUAUUGACCUGAACAGCGUGAGGUCUAAUGUAUCCGUUUCUGCGGCUUAUUCCAUGACAAAGGAUUAUGAGACUACCAAACACAACAUAAGUCUCAAGAGUGGAGACCCAAUUCAGGUAUGGAUAGACUAUGAUGGCAUAGAGAAGAUGCUGAAUGUAACUCUAUCUCCUAUUCAGAUAGCUGGAAGAACCAAGCCCCCUUUGAUUUCUACCAGGGUUGAUCUCUCACCAAUCCUACAAGAGUUCAUGUAUGUGGGUUUCUCUGCAAGCACAGGCGUGUUUUUAGCCUGCCAUUACAUUCUGGGAUGGAGCUUUGCAAUAAAUGGAAGGGCUCGAGAUUUAGAUCUCUCUCACCUUCCUUGGUACCCUAAACCCAAAUCAUCUAGAGGGAUUUCAAAGGCUUCUAUGAUUGGCAUAAUUCUAUCUUCUAUAAUCCUAGCCAUGGCAAUUAUAUCAGGGAUUGUAUACCUUGUUAAAAGGCAAAGGGAUGAGGAGAUCGUGGAAGAGUGGGAGUUGGAGUAUGGGCCACAUAGGUUCUCAUACAAGGAGCUAUGUGAUUCCACCAAGAAUUUCAGAGAGGAUAGGCUGGUGGGAUCUGGGGGCUUCGGCAAGGUUUAUAGAGGAGUGAUGCCAGACUCUGGGAUGCAAAUUGCAGUGAAAUGCGAGGCAAACAAUUCUGGAGAAUUUUUAAGAGAGUUCUUAUCAGAGAUCUCCAUCAUUGGGAGACUACGACACAGGAACCUGUUACCACUACUUGGAUGGUGCAAGCGGAAAACAGAGCUCCUCAUAGUCUAUGAGUACAUGCCCUAUGGUAGCCUUGACAAGCACCUGUUCGAUGAAAGCACCCCACUUUUAAACUGGGAGCAGCGGUACCACAUCCUUAAAGGUGUCGUCUCGGCGUUGCUCUACCUACACGAACAAUGGGAACAAGUGAUAGUACACAGAGACGUGAAGGCUAGUAACAUUUUGUUAGACACAGAUAUGAACAGUCGAUUGGGGGACUUUGGGCUAGCACGGUCAUGCGAUCAUGGAACCAACAUGCACACGACACACGUGGUGGGAUCACUUGGCUACCUUGCACCUGAGGUGUCCCGUACUGGCAAGUACACCACUUACUCUGAUGUCUUUUCAUGCGGCAUUGUGUUGCUCGAGGUGGCUUGCGGGCGUAGGCCAGUCGACGUGAGGAGGUUGCCAGAAGAAAUGAUUUUGGUGGACUGGGUGUGGAAGUGCUUCAGUGAAGGAAAGCUCUUGAAUGUUGCUGACCCUAGGCUUAAGGGUGGAUUUGUGGAAGAAGAGAUGGAAAUGGUCUUAAUGAUAGGAUUGAUGUGCUCUUACCCUGUGCCUGGUGCAAGGCCUAGCAUGAGGCAAGUGUGCCAAUAUUUGGAUGGUGAUAUUCCUUUCCCUAAAAAUACAUUGCCUAAUGACAUUUUGGUCAACAUAAACGGAAAGAAUGACUCCUUUGAAGCCCAUAUUUCUGCUCAUGAUGAUUUCUUCUAUUUGAGUUCUUCUGGAGGGACUGAGUUUUUACUCUCAGGAGGCCGGUGAUGGAUGGAUCACCGUUUUCGACAUAAACAUACUCUUUGUUUUUCUUCUUCUAUCUCAGUUUGUAAUAGAAAUGUGUACUUCCUUUUUGUUUUCUUCUUCGAUCUUUUAUCAUUUAUAAAUUGAGUGUAUAUUAGAAAUGUUUGUAAGUAUUGUGAUUAAGAAGUUUAGAAGAACAGGGUUCCAAGGGCUACAUAACCUAAAA